UGAAACAAAAGAAGUGAGUUUUGUAAAAAAGGCCAAAACCUUAAAACCUUUGUUUUGUACUGAUGAAGUCUAACGCCGGGAAGACUAAGAUGCCGACGAUCAACUAUUUCCGAUGUAUGUUAGUACUAGUGGGGAUGUCGUUGGUGGUUUAUUCGAUAGCUGAGAAAGUUAAUUCCACUGGGGGAAUGGUUUGGUCUAGUGCGAGAGAUGAGGCUGAAUUGGUUGAAGAUUCCGGUGUUGUGAUCGGAGAGCAAGAUCAAAUCGACGGUGGAUUCUCUUCACUUGAUGGGAUGUUACACUGGGCUAUUGGUAACUCGGAUCCUGCGACAUUGAAGGAAGCAGCUAAAGAUGCAGAGAAGAUGUCUCUGGAUGAGUUACAGAAGCGUCAGUUGGAGUUAAAGGAGCUGGUGGAGAAGCUGAAAAUGCCAUCAGACGCGAAGUUGAUGCAAAUAGCUAUAGAUGACUUGAAAAAUUCGUCCUUGUCUCUUGAAGAUCGUCACCGUGCUUUGCAGGAACUAUUAAUCCUUGUUGAACCGAUUGAUAAUGCAAAUGAUUUGAGCAAAUCAGGAGGGCUUAGAGUUGUCGCAGGAGAGCUUAAUCAUGAUGACACAGAAGUGAGGAAACUAGCUGCGUGGGUGCUUGGGAAAGCUAGCCAAAACAACCCGUUUGUUCAGGAGCAGGUUCUUGAAUUUGGGGCUUUAACAACACUGAUAAAGAUGGUAAACUCCAGCUCUGUCGAAGAAGCUGGUAAAGCACUCUUUGCUGUUUCUGCCUUGAUACGAAAUAAUAUAGCUGGUCAGGACAAGUUUUAUGCAGCACAUGGAUAUAUCAUGCUUCAGGAUGUGAUGCGCAAUGGAAGCUUGGAUAUCAAACUAAGACGGAAAGCUGUAUUCUUAGUGGGUGAUCUGGCCGAGUCUCAACUACAGAACACGGAGAAAGCUGAGCUUCCUAUUUUCAAUGAUCGUUUGUUCCUAAAGUCUGUGAUCGAUUUAACCGCUGUGCUUGACCUUGAUCUCCAAGAAAAGGCUCUUACAGCAAUCCAGACUCUUCUUCAACUUAAAUUCUCAGAGCCUCAGAUUCUCAAAGAGUUUUGCGGGUUGGAAGGAGCAUUAGAGAGAAUGAAGCUGCAGCUAGAGGAAUCAAUGGCGGAUGAAGACAAGAGAGACUACGCUGCAGAUGUCGAGAGCCUUCGUGGUGAAGUGGAACUGAUCUUCCGCCAAAAGCUUGGACUUUUAUGAACCAUGAUCAGUAAGAAAGCAACUCCCUGUGCUUUAAUUUCUGGUUGGAAAAGCUUUAGCUGUAGGAGUUGUUUAACUCUGGUUGGAAAAGCUUUAGACAAGUCUAACUGUCUUAGAUAGAGUUAAAAUGUGUAACUUAGGCAGAUCUUCCUGCUCCAUUAAAUUUUGCAUGUUGUUGCCUUUUGAGAGGUUUUCUUCCCCUCUUCUAGUUUCCUAUCGUGGUUGCAAUGUUUUGUCUUUUGUGUAUAGUAUUAUAAACUUCCAUUA